UCUGCAACACGCAGGAGGCGUACCGGAGCCGGCGCAGCUGGGAGCUGGCGCGCAGCCUGCUGGUGCUGCGCCUUUGCGCCUCGCCCGCGCUGCUGGCCCGCCAUGAGCAGUUUCUCCGUCUUGCCAGGAGACUUCUGGGGCAAAUGUUGUUCGACAGACUGAUGAAGAUGACCUUCUACGGGCAGUUUGUGGCUGGUGAGGACCAGGAGUCCAUCCGGCCCCUGAUCCAGCACUACAGGGCCUUCGGCGUGGGCUCUAUCCUGGACUACGGUGUGGAGGAGGACCUGACCCCUGAGGAGGCCGAACGCAAGGAGAUGGAGUCCUGUACCUCAGCAUCGGAGAGGGACGGCCAUGGCACCAGUAAGAGGGAGAAGCAGUUCCAGGCCCACCGGGCAUUCGGAGACCGCAGGGAUGGCGUUGUCAGCGCCCACACCUACUUCUACGCCAGCGAGGCCAAGUGUGACAGCCACAUGGAGACGUUCCUGCGCUGUAUCGAGGCUUCAGAUGGCGCCAGCGAGGAUGGCUUCUCAUCCAUUAAGCUCACCGCACUGGGGAGACCCCAGUUUCUGCUGCAGUUCUCAGAUGUGCUGACCAAGUGGAGACGGUUCUUCCACCAAAUGGCCGCAGAGCAGGGCAAGGCCGGGCUGGCUGCCAUGGACACAAAGCUGGAGGUGGCUGCACUGCAGGAAAGCGUGGUGAAGAUGGGCAUCGCGUCCUGGAUGGAGAUUGAGAACUGGUUCACUGUGGAGACCCUUGGCGUGUCCGGCACCCUGGACCUGCUGGACUGGGGCAGCCUCAUUGACAGCAGGACCGAGCUCUCCAAGCACCUGGUGGUCCCCAACAUGCAGACAGGACAGCUGGAGCCCCUGCUGUCACGGUUCUCUGAGGAGGAGGAACGGCAGAUGACGAGGAUGCUGCAGAGGAUGGACGCCCUGGCCAAGAAAGCCAGUGAGGUGGGCGUGCGGCUGAUGGUGGACGCCGAGCAGACCUACUUCCAGCCGGCCAUCAGCUGCCUGACGCUGGAGAUGCAGCGCAGGUUCAACGUGGAGAGGCCACUCAUCUUCGACACGUACCAGUGCUACCUCAAGGACGCCUACGACAAUGUCACCCUGGAUGUGGAGCUGGCUCACCGAGAGGGCUGGUGUUUCGGGGCCCAGCUGGUGCGUGGUGCAUACAUGGCCCAGGAACGUGCCCGCACCCUGGAGAUUGGGUAUGAGGACCCUAUCAACCCCACGUACAAGGCCACCAAUUCCAUGUACCACAGGUGCCUCAACUACGUCCUGGAGGAGCUGAAGCACAACGCCAGGGCUGCAGUGACGGUGGCCUCACACAGUGAGGACACCAUGUGCUUCACGCUGUGCAGGAUGGAGGAGCUGGGCCUGCACCCCGCUGAUCGCCAGGUGUACUUUGGACAGCUUCUGGGCAUGUGCGACCAGAUAAGCUUCCCGCUAGGCCAGGCAGGCUUCCCCGCGUACAAGUACAAGUACGUGCCUUAUGGCCCUGUGAUGGAGGUGCUGCCCUACCUGUCCCGCCGAGCCCUGGAGAACAGCGGAGUCAUGAAGGGCGCUCAGAGGGAUUGGCAGCUGCUUUGGCAGGAGCUCAAGCGGAGGCUCCGCACGGGCAGCCUCUUCCACCGCCCGGCCUAGUGCUGUGGCCGUAUCCCAACUCAUCCUCACCUGGGCUGCGACCACCCAGGGCUACAGCCCGACCCCAACCUCACACACACACUUUUUAUAUCCCAAACUGUGAGACCCCGCUGGCCCCUGCCCGUGGGCACCCAGGUGUGGGCUAUGUCCAUUACCUGCCAGAGGUGCUGGGAACUGUCAGAAACCUCCCUCCAGUGAGCGAGCAUGGCUGCAUCUCUGCCCAUCCCCAUGACCUUGGGCCUGAAGAACCACCUUCUGCAGGGUCCAACCCAUGGGCCCUGAGCCCCACAGGUGGGCAGUGGCUGGCUGGGGAAGCUGGCCUGUCAAUAAACCACUAUUU